UGGUCUAGUCGGAUUCUCUCUGUAGUUACACUACAGUAGUGUGUGAGUCGGUGGGCCAGCAAUGAGUGUUCACGAGCUCUUUCCUUGACAGGGUUGCUCCUCUGUAUGAAAAGUGAGUCUCUGGAGACCCUAUUAGCAGGACGGUGUAAUAUGUAGUGAAUGAAAAGUGUAAAAUAUUUGUUCCUUUGUUGUUUAAUUUGUUGACGCCGAUGAUGAAUUGAGGAGGAGUUCACGACGCGGCAAAAUUAGCUACGUAACGAAAUUGAGCUAGGAAACAGAGUACAUUUGAUGAAACGAUACAGCUGAGAUUAUACAAUCUUGGUGAACGGCAAAAAAACAUUGAAAACACUGCAGUGAAUAAAAUAACUGCUUCGAUUUUGGAUGGAUCGAUGUCACUGUAGGAAUGUAGACGACAUUUAACUGGCGACUACGACCUCGUGCGGCUUUGGAACAUAGUUUCGUUGCUAAGGUUCGGUGCAGUCGAAUGGUCCACCCCCCUUCUAGGAAUCGUGGUUACUAACAGACGGAGCGGUCCGUAAAGGAGCGCUAUGCAAUUUGCUGCCUUAUUGAGCCGGUGUCCGCCGCCAUUCUCAAGGCGAUAACAAAAUGACAAGGAAAACAGUAUACUGAAGCGUUACUUACACCGACGAUAUCGAUCCAGUCGAAAAAACGGUAUCAGAGAGGAGCCCGGGAAAGAUGUAUACAAACAUUGAUACGAUGAAAUGGUAAGGGCCAAACAGAUUGAAACUAUAUAACAAGUACGUCGGAAGAAUGGUUAUUUACGCGGGCGUCGGUGACUCCAAGGCUUCGCGUUGGCUGCCAGAGAUAUCACACCCUGUCGUUUGCCGGCUGACCAACUUUUGAGCUGUUCCUUCAUGAGGCUAUUGACGCAUGGCCAGUUAUAGAGAGACAUAUUUAACCCAGUGAGAGGGGUAUUCUGUGCUGUGCGUGCUAGAAGAGUGUUCAGUCAUAGAGCGAUUAUGUUUCAUGGAGAGGCAAUUCUGUAAUGUAGACAGCGGCUGCUCUGGGUUCGGACGCAGUUGUGUGAACACACGGAAAAAGGAAGCACGAAGUCUUUGUCCGCCGAAAAGAGAAAACACAAUGGGAAGAUUCGGUAUUGAUAACUGAGAGAAAAACGAAAGACGACGGCUUGGUAAUGAUAUAAUAAAUCUAUCCUUCAGUAUUUUUAACAAGCCCACCGGCCGUCAAUGGUCCGUCACUUCGAGUGGGUUCAGCUUCCCAGUAGCAUCUUUUAGAUGGAAAAAGCUGGACUGGUGUCGUCAGCCGUUACACAACAACGACCUGUUGGAUAAUCAUUAUUUAGUGCUCCCGUUAUUCCCAAGCGCGCUAUCUGUGAAUCGCGCCACCGAAUAGAUGUACAGUUGUAAAGAAAGAACGUGAGGCAAAAAGUUUCGUAGGAAGAACAACGAUAAGAAGUCCUCGCCUAAUUUGUGAUUUUGUGUGGAAGUUUACGUACUGUAUUUUUUAUGAACGUUGUUCGAUGAAUUGAAUUAUAAUGACGCAUCUAGCUACAAUUGUUAGUCAUUAGCCCGGUGAAUAGAAUAGCUUCGCCAGUUGUCAUACAUACGUUACCUCGACAUCAACACCCCCUGCAGCCGCGAUCGAGAAGACGAGACAAAAGGUCCGUGAAAUCUUUCCAUUUUAAAAGUCUGAGGAAGAAGUUGUGUAUGCUGGACAUUGGAGGGUUCUGAGCGUGUGUCCUAGGUGACGUGACGUUACGCCACGGCGCGUCACGAUGCCUGUGGUGGCUUCUUCAACCGAAUUCCGUGAUCGUCCAGCGUCUUCUGGCCUGCUACGCUCAUGGGGCCGUACUUUAAGCGACAAAGAUAGCAAUGCUACCACCGAAAACAAUUCAACUGUGGGAUACUCGACUCCAGCGGGCUCGUUAUCAGGCCCCGCAGCCACGCCAACAGGUGCAGGCCAGCCGAGCCUCGUACUUGCUCGAACAGCUAGCGGAAUGCAUGAUAGCAGUAAAGAGGUUGGCGUGGUCAAGGAGCUUGCUUCUGCCAAAGCGUCGCUUGAAGGCCACCGUCAGCCUCUGACAGCCGUCACGAGUGUGGGCAGCGCCGUGGCAACAAGUAGUCACAGAUUAGCGGACGUUGAUCGGGAAUCGCGGGAACUAUAUGGAGAAAACAAUAUUCUCCCACCAAAAGCAAGACGGCGACUUUACGAAUUGUUCGGCUCGAUUGAGAAAGAGUUCGAAAAUCUGUGUGUGGAGAACGUAGCGUUACGAGACAAGGUGGAAAUGUUAAGCGAGCAGCUGUUGAUGGAACGUGGAGGUCCUUUAUCAGGGCCGGCAAGUAGUGCAGAUCGUCAUCUGCGGUCGUUACAGCAACUUGCCCAGGACUCCGUCGAAACCGUUGAUGGCCAGACCCAGUCAACAAAAGGCAGCAGCAAUAGCAAAACCAAGCAAGGAGGCGGAUCUCACCUAAGCCAGAAGAUCAAGACAACGUACAAGCUGAAAGCUUCUACAUCCCGGAUCGUGUCCUCUUUCAAGACGUCCGCGCUGACAUGCGCCCCUAUUGCGUGCUAUUCAGGCCAUCGGGAUGGGGUUUGGGAGGUCAGCGCACCACCUAAUUCAACCGUGCCUGUUGUCGCAACAGCCAGUGCUGACCACACGGCGCGCUUGUGGGACGCAGAGUCUGGUGUGUGCGUCCUGCAGUAUUCAGGCCAUUCCGGUAGCGUUAACUCAGUGCGAUUUCACCCUUCGCAGCAGCUGAUGCUUACGGCAUCCGGUGAUAAAACAGUUCACAUCUGGCGGACGAAUCCGCUCGCCAGCGUCGCCGUCUUCGAACUGCAACCGAAGGGGCAGUCAUCAGAGGACGAGGUCGAUAGCGGUGAGCGGGACGAAAACGAUGCGGGUCUCGCCGAGGCAUCUGUGCUCCGUGUGCCAGUUUUACAGUUGACUGGUCAUCAAGGAGCUGUCGUAGCUGCAGACUGGCUUAUAAACAGUGAUCAGGUUAUCACCGCCUCGUGGGAUCGCAUAGCGAAUGUCUACGACGUAAAUACAGGUGAAUUAGUGACACAGUUAAUAGGUCACGAUCUCGAACUUACCAAUCUUGCUGCCCAUCCGUCACAACGACUUGUGGUCACCUCAUCUAAGGACACGACUUUCCGCUUAUGGGACUUUCGAGAGGCCAUCCAUUCGGUUUCGGUCUUCCAAGGACAUACAGAGUCUGUAAGUUCAGUCGCUUUCACGGCGGCAGGUGAUCGAGUUGUCUCAGGCAGCGACGACCGCACAGUAAAGGUGUGGGAGCUCCGCAAUAUGCGAAGUCCAUUGAGUGCGGUACGUCUCGAUUCGCCCGUUAAUCGACUCUCAUUGUCAUCCUCGAACGUGAUCGCCAUUCCUCACGACAAUCGGCACGUUCGACUCUACGACCUCAACGGCCAAAGACUAGCCAGAUUGCCGCGAAACAACCGCAUCGGUCACCGACGGAUGGUUUGCGCCACGGCCUGGCUGCCGGAGGACUGCAAGUCUAAAGUGAACCUCGUGACCUGUGGCUUCGACAAAAUGUGUAUAGGCUGGUCAGUCACUCCGUCAAAAGAGCCUAAGGAAUCGAAGGACAAAGACAAGGACAAAGAAGGCAGCCUGAUCAAAAACAAAGAUCGCGAAUAGACGAUAAUCAAGACCGCUGCCGCCACCACGACAUUAAUAUCUACAACGAUCAGACGUAGCGUCGUCGUUAACUGGCAAAUAUAUAAAUACCUAUAUUGGACAAAAGGACGAUACAGGCACUAGCACGUACAUCACAGUCGCCUCGUAUGCUAAAGCGCUCGCGUAUAGCACUUACCGCUGACAGCUUGUAUCGUCUGAAAGACCUUUAAUGUCUACUUACGACAGGUCGUAAUAUUGCGGCAAUAAUCCUCACAUCAAAUAUGGGGCGCGCCAUGCUCUCCGUAUAGUCUAGCUGAAUUUGAGCCUGCAAUUUCAGAUAGAUCGGCUAUGAAUUGCUACUUUGAUCUGUUUGCUUCAAUUUCGAUCCCACUCACAUACGAACCAAGGAAGAAGCCCAUCUGGCCGCUAGCCAGGCUUUCUUCUGGAAACUCCGAUGUAUAGUUUGUAGCAUACCUCGAAACAAUCACCUUCUAUGCGUGCUCGAACAGUACGCCAAUCCAGCACUACGUGCCGGGCUUGCGUGUGAUGGGCAUGUGCGAAGACGAUUAAACGAAAAUCGUCAAAAAAACAAAGCUUUUUUCGCGUUCAGGCAAGUACCGGCUGCAGCCGCACCCCAUAUAUGACGAUAACGGAGAUGAAAAUAAGCCAGCUGCUUAAACUUCAAUCCAACAACUUAAUGGAACGAAUGCCACAUCAUAACUAUUCGUCAUAUGCCAUAACACCUACCCCUAUUAUCAUUGGCCAGGAUGUGGGUCUACGAACGAUAUCUUUCAACGGAACGACCAUGCCGUGACUCUUUUCUGUUUCAAGGUCGUGGGACGAGAUCCACCUUUUUUUUUCGCAAGUAAUGAACGAGCUUCUUGAAAACAUAAGGAAACGACGUGUCCCGCGAUGAUUAUUGCUACGGUGAAAACACUUGAAAGGUAUCAAACGUGGCAAUCUAAUCGGUGAUCGGUACACAUGUCGAACAUAUAGCUAACAAAGUCAGAAGGGAGAGGAAGACGGAGAAAAACAAAUUUCUCUAAUAGUAUAUGCUAGGAUUUAGUGCGCAUUCCCUCAUGAAAUAGCGACCAAUCCAUGACAUGUGCCCACCGAUAGAACAUCAAUGAUAACCAUAAUAACAGUCCGCUUCCCGCAACUACUACGAGUGCUGCACCCGGAAAUAGCUUCGAUAAUUCGGACGGAAGGAAACAUUUGUAGAAUAGAAUACAAACAUUUCGAUUAAUAUUUGUCUACACGAUGCGGCAGAAUGCAUCCCAACAGAUAAAAACAAAACCGCCCAAUCGAUUCAAAUACAAGUGGAAAAGAAAAUCAUGGGCGUCAUUGCUGUGAUGAUACUUUUAGUUUGACUACAUUAUUCAAAUAUAUAUAUAUAUAUAUAUAUAUAUAUAUAUAUAUAUAUGUAGACACACACAUAGUGUCAUGCAGGACGACAGGAAAUGGUGGUGAUUGUAAUAAAUAUAAUUAGACAGUGCUACGAGCAACCAUAGUUACGUCCCCUCCUUUCAAUUCCUCAAGUUCCCGGUGUUCUAUAGUACAACAGGUGACACUAGUGCUUGCAUUCGACAGUCGACAUGACGAAUACUUAUUGGGGUAUGUAACGAUAAAGGCCCCGUUCCCUGGAUAAUUUCCACAACACAGAAGCAAAACGGAGAGAGGUCAGUUGACGAUGUGGAGUUACAGUCGUAGACAUUUGCAGCCCUGCAUAGAACAAUGGAAGUCUCAAUGGGACCUUGUCGUAUAGAGAGGCAAUUAUUGAAUUCUCAAGGUAGUAAAAAGGAAAUACUUGUUUACUGCAUAGCAGGAUAUGCUGAGCUCCCGAAUGUGCGAGGGCCGUGUCCUACGAGUUGAAUAAAACAAAAGAAUAACACCCGGAUUAGCAGUGGUGGCCCUGCUUAUACUUGCUGCUCACGAUUGUAAUGAUAUAUACAUAUAUAUAUACUAGUUAAAAGACAUUAUUAAGGUUCUGAAUGCCAUACGACUCUUCUGAUUAACUAUUUGAUUGUAGAGAAAAUCACGAUCAUCUACCAGGCCACAGAAUCAAUCUGGCAAAAUCAUGCGCACCUCCUGGCGGACAGCCAUGUUUGCGCGUCGCCGCACGUACGUGCCGCAACAACGUUAAACGAACAAUUAUCAGGGUCUCUAUAAGUCACUGACAUUGAGGUACGCUAUCUACGUUACGUUAUACCAAGGUUUAGGUAUCGAAAAAGAUGUAGAAAGCAAGGACUAUUUAGUAGGCCUACGUCGCAAUUCCUUUUUUUACGUAUCGCUCACGAUACGUUACGGCGACAGUAAAAAAUAACAGCAGAGAAAAAGGAUAUUCAUAUAUAAACAAUAUAUACUCUUUAUAUGGUAUACAUUGUCGACAGGCUUUAACAUAUCGAUACCUCAUUGAGCAGUCUCUAGCAAACCGUUGUUCGCCACAAAGCUGUUUGCCAUUGUAUCUAAACUGGCAGGACAAAAACCGGUCAAGCCGACAGGUCUGUUUUCAGUAAAGAUAACGCGAUGUGACUAUUUUGUUUUCAAAUGGCCGUUCGCAAAGCUGAACUGAUUUUUCCCCUAGCCAUAUUUCUCAAACCAAAAGAAAGCUUACGCUCUUUAAUUCUAGCCAGGCCCAAUCGAGCCUCAAAACGGAAUUUAGAUCUAGCGAACGAACCUUACAUAUGCAGAAUAUAUUAAGCAUUAUUAUUAUUGCGAAGCCGCAAGACCUUACGUGGAAAUGCGUACCCGACUUCAUCUCAAAUCGCACUGAAGGACAUUUGGUGAAGGUAAUCUGGAGAUAGGUUAUUCGCGCAGCAGUAGUCUGUCAUUAAAAAGGGUUAGUAUGUUACGUGUAGCAUUGGAUAGGUACCCUGAAAAGUGUAAACGAACGAAGGCGUACAAGCAUGUAUCCGAAGUUGGAAGCGUCUUAUGAUCACUUCCACAUGUUCGACGUUCCCACUUGCUUCUUAUUUUGUCGGCCACUUUAUUGUCCAUAGAGGAUUAUUAUUUCUAAUGGGAUUAUAGGCUCGCUGUUUCUACCUGUUUCGCUCGUUCUCAACCGGUCAGCAUAAAAGAGGCUUUCCACUCUGCGAACUGGGAAAACGCCAUGGCCUCCUACGAUGCAUUGGCUGAUGGAUUUCACAUGACACACCAGUCGAUUUUAACAGGUCAGGUAAUGACAUAAUUACGUAAUUCAUAUGCCGCCGAGGCUUUUAUCAAAGGCUGCUAGCAAGGUUAGGUUUGCCCCUUUGUGUAAAAUUGACCGCAUUGACUUUAUUACUAAAUACUACUAUUCGAUGUAUAAACGUUAAGCUAUAAUAGCAAACAAUAAUACUCUUUCAGUACUGUUAUUUUCGUACGCUUUUAGCACUCCAGCGGUUUCCUAUUGUGGUGAUGCCCAAGUGUACACGCUCAAACAUGUUUGCCCAUUUUCCCAGUGCUUCAAACUACUCAUAAAAUCGUUAUUUUUUUAACUUACUUUAAUAUAGUGCGUGGCAUAACAAGUGGCCACGACGGCUGUAUGUAAUGCGCCUAGAAGUUGUGAAGGGAUUAGAAUCAGAACCUUAUAUACCUAUGCAUUGCACGAUUAUGUUGCUAUUGUGGAUUUCGUACCGAGACGUUUACUUCAGUUUUUUUCUCACGAGUAUAGCCGCUAUUUUCCGUUUAGUUUACAAUUUUUUUAAAACGAAAUAGACCUUUGUAACAAAAUAUCCAUUUAGUGGCAGACAUUUCUAAAAUGCAGAUUUGAUCAAUUUCUGCUACGGAGCCGCUGGAAAUAUUAACGGUACAGCCUACGCUCCGACACUAUUUAUUUGGAAAACCCUAGUGUAAUUCGGAACAAACAGUGGAUGAUGCCUAAUCUAAGGAUAGGACAAAUAAUUAACUCAACUCCUCAAUUUUGUGCCUACAUUCGGUAAAAUAUAACGUUGACUCACACCGAUAAAGCCAAAGACUGAAGAGCAAUAAUAAAUACUUUCUAAUUCAGCGUUCUGUUACUUUAAAACGAGUGCGUUUACUUACGAGAUCGAAAGAUCGUUCCAACAUACAGCCAAUAGCUACAUAGUACUAACAAUGAUAACUACAAGAGUUUUAUGCCGCUUGUCGCGCACUGAAAACAGUGAUCUUCUAAAGGCGAGAUUGUUGGUACGGACACUUGCCCAGAUGCUCAAUUUCAGCAUCGUUGUAUCGGCAAGGUACUCGCGUACGUAGGCUUUUAAUGAUUCCUAAGCUUGUGCCUACGAAGUACCAUGUCGACCAAAUAUGCCACAGGUAAUUUUGUCCUAUUUGGACCUGCUCAGCAAUGAUGCACAAUGAUGAAAGCGUCAUACUCUUGCCAUGGGAUGAGAAAACCAGUUGAGGACAACAUUCGAGACAGACAUCGGUUCUAACAACAUGGCAGCCACUGGUGCAGGUUGGAGGUCUGUUAUAUCAAAACUUUACUUUGACGACACAGGAAAAAGGGGUCAUCGUACCGAACAAUUGUAAACUUGUCUUGGCUAAUUUACACGUCCGUUGUGCUAAUUAGCAUUGACCCUUAGGGGCAGGUAGCGAAAACACCAUAUAUAGUGCAUCUGUAUACAAACAACGAUCAACAGUGAAUAGAAAACUUGUAAUGAAUGAAAAGAAAAAAUGAAUUCGAAAGACCACUUUGGUGUCCAAUAAAAAUGAAUAUUACUGUCUCUGAAUGAAUACUAAAUACAAGUAGCCUCUACUUUAUGUUCUAGAGGGAACACCAAGUCGAGCAGGGCUCUAGGCUCUGUUCCCUGGCUAUUUAUUUGCUGGCCAUCGGACGAUGCUCAAUUGAAUUAGGCCAACAAAAAACAAUCAACAAGUUUCAAUACAAUAACAACAUUAAGGCAUGUAGCAGAUUAAAGGAAAACACUGCCGAGCAAUUAUAAUAAUAAGAUAAUCAGGCGGUUUUGAAUCGUACAAAUCUAGCUAGGACCCGUGUUCUGGUAAUUGUAAACUUUGCAUAAAUUUCAGCGAUCAGGUACGCAAACCGAAACUAAUAUCACCAAUGAGGACGGCCAUACAACUACGAUAGAUCAAUUUCUACCGUAUACGACACUUACGUACAUAAUAUAUUCUAGGUAAGUGUUUGUAGAAUGUGCAAGGUGUUGCUUCGUUUAGUAUUAUUGGUGUUGUCCUACGUUUUUAUUUUCUAUGGAGAAUGGCAUCAAAAAAUGGUGAUAUGUGCAGGCAGUAGGAGGUCGUAGGGGGACUCGGAAAAUCACACACACACACACUCAAUCGAAAUCUGUGAGAACGUCUAGAAUCUAAGCGGAAGCUAUAUAGAUAUAUAUAUAUAUAGGUAAGGAUGAUGAAAAUAAGUGACGGCACAGCAAGAAUUCUAGUAAUACGAAUAGGGUAACAAUAAGGCAACAAAAACUAUAUAUAUAUAUAUAUACAUACAUGAUCGAAUAGCAGUAACAAGCGUAAAAAUAAU